GAUCUGUCUGCAAUUUGCUGAACUUCGAAUCCUCGGCGAACGUCAAAAAUUGCCGGGUAACAACAACACUGCUGCAACUCGCACGCUUCCAACAUACAAUCACAUCCCAGAGUAACAUUAUUAAAGAAGCACCAACUGUGUCAGGAGCCAAAACCCCAUUUUCGAGACGUUGGCCGCAAUGAAACUCAACGAAAACACCGCAAUUUCAACUUCCAAGGUGCUCCUCGUGCCCUAUGACGCCCACCAUGUGCCCCAAUAUCAUCAUUGGAUGGAAGACCCCGCCAUCCAAGAAGCAACCGCGUCGGAACCUCUCACGCUCGAGGAGGAAUACGAAAACCAGCAGUCCUGGCGCACCUCGUCAGACAAGUUGACCUUCAUCGUCUGCCAGCCUGUCCCAGUCCUACCUGGUUCCUCUUCGAAUGGUGGUGAUUCGGAGAAAGACCAGCAGCCGCCCAUCAUAGCCGGCAAGGCCGACGCGGCGGAUCGCAUGGUGGGGGAUAUCAACCUCUUCCUCACGCCGUGGGAAGACGACAUCGAUGGAGCGGACAACUCCACGCCCGCCCCGAGUGAUAGAAAAGACUACGUCGUCGGCGAAGUGGACAUCAUGAUCGCGGACCUCGCAAACCGCGGCAAGGGGCUGGGCAAAGCAGCCGUGUCGGCGUUCCUGCUGUUUAUACGGAGGAAUCUACGCGCCAUUCUGGAUGAGUAUGCGGCGGGGACAGGUAGAGGAGUCGCUGGAAAGACGAGGAGGCCGGAGAUGAGGGCGUUUAUGGUUAAGAUCAAGGCGACGAAUGUGGGGAGUAUGGCGUUGUUUACCGGGUUAGGGUUCGUGCAGAGAGGGGAGGUGAACUAUUUUGGGGAGGUCGAGAUGGGAUUGGACUUGUUAAAUGGUCUUGGUACUGCUGUAGGGGAUGAUGCUUCAGGGGGUUAUCGGGAAGUCAUUUAUGACAGGAGCAAGUUGGAGACCUAGUUCGAUGUAAGAUGAGAUAGGGGAUAACUCUCAUGGUUUCGAACGUAGGUUGGAGUAGUUUACCGAUAUCAGGAGGUCGCUU